AUUCCGCCAGUUGGCUGAAGGGUGGCUCCUGCACAGCCAAUCAGAGACUCAGUCUGUCACUACUUAUCCCCACUUCACCACCUAGCUGUGUCUUUUUUGUUGGCUUCUGAAGUGAAUACAAUGACUUCCUACACAGACAAAGGAGAAAAGCAUAAACAAGGCAAAUUUCUUCACUUCCACCACAUUACGUUCUGGGUGGGAAAUGCCAAGCAGGCGGCAUCAUUUUACUGUGACAAAAUGGGCUUUGAACCCUACGCAUAUAAAGGACUGGAGACCGGGAGCCGAGAAGUGGCAUCGCAUGUUAUCAAACAAAACAAGAUCCUGUUUGUUUUUCAGUCAGCGCUGAACCCAGGCAACAGAGAAAUGGGAGAACAUUUCAUAAAGCAUGGAGACGGAGUGAAGGACAUUGCUUUCCAGGUGGAGGACUGUGAAUACUUGGUUAAGACUGCAAAAGAACGUGGAGCAGUUAUUGUCAAGGAACCUUGGAUAGAAGAGGAUAAGCACGGAAAAGUCAAGUUUGCAAUUGUCCAAACGUAUGGAGACACCACACACACAUUGAUUGAGUUCCUCGGACCCUACAAAGGCCUUUUCCUGCCUGGGUACAAGCCACCACUCUUUACAGAUCCCCUUAUAGCCAAGUUACCACAAGGCAAUCUAAAUUUUAUUGAUCACAUUGUUGGAAACCAGCCUGAUAAUGAUAUGGUUCCCAUUUCAGACUGGUACCAGAACUGUCUUCUGUUCCAUCGUUUUUGGUCUAUAGACGAUAAGCAGAUUCAUACACAGUACAGUUCAUUACGUUCAAUUGUGGUCACUAAUUAUGAAGAGACAAUCAAGAUGCCAAUUAAUGAGCCUGCCCCUGGAAAGAAGAAGUCUCAGAUUCAGGAGUACGUUGAGUAUAAUGGAGGACCGGGAGUCCAGCACAUCGCUCUCAACACCUCAAACAUCAUUGAGGCUAUUGUUAAUUUAAAAGCACGAGGAAUGGAAUUUCUUGAAGCACCUGACAAUUACUAUGAGACUCUGAGGGAGAAGUUAAAAGUGGCCAAGAUCAAAGUGAAAGAGGAUUUGAAGAUUUUGCAGGACCUGAAAAUCCUGGUGGACUUUGACGACAAGGGCUACCUCCUGCAGAUCUUCACCAAACCUCUUCAAGACAGACCCACCCUCUUCCUUGAGGUCAUCCAGCGGUACAAUCACUUUGUACUCUGGUUUUCUUUGCAAAUCCUAAAGACAAAUGUGUUAGGAGUUUUGACAACUGUAAAUUGGAAGGGAAUGUAGGUGCGUAAUUGAUGUUCUAAGGUUGUAAUGCCAGGUGACACCCUCUUCACAUCCACAUGGGUUCUAACAAAGAUCUUUCAAUGACUGAUCUCUGAUGAUUUGGAUGGCUCCACUUUUCUGAAGGAAAUCUUUGAAGAAUCUCUUGGUGGUCUUUGUUUUUGCUCCUGUGAUAUGGCAGUUUAUGGGCCCACCUCUCCCCAUUUUCUGCACCUGUCUUUUCUCACUUCAUCACUGCCAUCUUGAUUCCUCCAAAAUGUCAGCUUUAUCCACACCCUCUAGACCAGCCUAUUUCUCCCUGCACUGGUCAGGCUUCGAGCUUGGACCUUCCCUGUUUCUGCUAUUUACAUACCAGCUCUUGUAAACGUGGCUCUGUUGAGGUCUUCAAAUGCUUGGACAGAACUUUUCUUUCCCUUUGGACACCACCCUUUGACUUGCACCGUGAGGACGUCUUCAGUGAAGUCAUCAUCCUUGAACCUCACAUUUCAUCCUCAGACCUCGAUCACUAUCACUCUUUACUUACCCUAGGCAGUUUCUCUUCAACUACUGCCCGGGUCUGGAAUGGAACUCCACUAGCAGCUGGGCUCCAGUGGCCUUGGGGGACAGACCUUCAUCUUCAGCACCAGUCUCUAGCUUGGUUCGAAUCUCUAAGCUCUUGUUUCAGCUGUUUAGUCCUGUCCUCUCCCAGGACAAAUUUCAGUGAAAAAACCACAUUCGCUGAAGGUUCAGUGGUUGGAGGUUAAAGGUUAGGCCACCAGACUUUCUGCUGCUGAUGAACUGGAUGCUCACCCUUGCCGCUUCUGCCAAGUCAAAUUAAAAUGGUGAAAUAUACAUGUUAAGAUCUGGAUCCUGAGAUGAGCAUGUAAUCCCAUGGCUUUGAAGCUUUAGGUUCUGUGAACCACGGUAUCUUCUGAUUGUCCUUCUGAAUUAUUCCAUCAAACUCAGUAAGCCUGCCAUUUUAAGCGACUAUAAGGCAAUUAUUGUUUCAGCAUUUUAACCCUGCCGUCUUUGUAAUCUGUUGCUGUCUUACUGUCACAGCAGCCAAGCAGCUCAGAACACAUUCAUAUUUUGGACUCCUCUCCUGCAAUGGUGAUAAUGCUCUGAGACUUUCAGAGGAGGAAGGCAGGCAUUUCAAGAUAAGGUCGAUAAACUCAUUCACUGCUGUAGACUGGUACAUGCAAGUUAACAGUUUCACUGUACAAGGGAGAAUAUUGACCUAUAAACCUGUCUAAUGAACGUUCCAUGAGGAAAAUGUUACCUCAAACGAUGUUUCAUGACAAGUAAUUUCUAUGUUAUUGGAGUUUCAGAAUUUGAAGACGUAAGCUGGAAAUCACAACCAGAAUUCUUGAGGGUCCAAAUGUGCAAACUUUGAUAAAACGAGACCUGCAUUUCAGACAUUGCUUAGACUGGAAACCUGAAAUUCACAACAAAUAAAAGUUUUUGUUUAAAUUUGCAAAA